UGGUCACGUGAUCUGCGUCUUGUUUUAGCGCGGGAAUAGGAAGUUGUCGGAAGGAGACAAGAGAGACAGUUUCGCAAGUCCGAGGUUUGUGUAUAUGAAAAUAUUCGCUGUUUCUUUUAGAAAUACGCGUGUUUGACAGGGUUACGUAUUUAGUGUUUAAUAUCAAAAUAGGCUCUUAAGUUAACUUGUGAACUCUACGCUGUAACCGUUUAUGUCAGUGCGGAUAUAGUCUGCUGGGACAUUGUUUAUCAAAAACUCGGUGAAAACAAAAACAGUUUCCCACAUUAUAACUGUUGGUAAUUGUGAGAUUAAAUGGAAGCAGCUCAGACUGUCCAGAGGAGCACUCAGCAAAGUGUUGCAAAAGGCAGGAACCAGCACAGAAUUCCCAAGGAUGUUGAGACCGACAUCGCAUACCUGUAUGAAGUCCUGCCACAGCUGUCUCAAAUUUUUCGUAUCAUAGAUAAAAUAGGAGAAGGCACUUUCAGCUCAGUGUAUUUGGCAGAGGCACAAAUGACCGAUGGGUCGAGAAGGAUGUUUGCAUUGAAACACCUGAUCCCUACCAGUCACCCUGUCCGUAUAGCCGCUGAACUACAGUGCCUGACUGUUGCUGGAGGGAAAGAAAAUGUGAUGGGAGUCACAUACUGCUUCAGGAAAGAGCAUCACGUGGUCAUUGUCAUGCCAUAUAUGGAGCAUCAAACCUUUGUGGAUAUUGUUAAUUCCUUAAGUUUUGAGGAUGUGAGGCAUUACAUCUUCCACCUGCUCAAAGCCUUGACACACAUUCACAAGUUUGGCAUCAUCCACCGAGACAUCAAACCAACCAAUUUCCUGUUCAAUCGACAAAAGAGGGAGUAUGCUCUAGUGGAUUUUGGCUUGGCACAAGGCACUCCUGAUACACAGAUAGAAUUGCUGAAGGUGGUGAAAUCAAAAUCUCAUAAAGGUGGCGGGUCAUCUAAGAUGGUGGAGGAAUCACUUGGGAAACAGAAACUUGUGCCUUUACCACCCAACACCAGAAACACUGCUCUCCAGUCCAGCACUAAAGCACCUGCUAAAAGACCAUGCCCAGCUUCACGCAUUAAACACAGCAAGGGACUGCUUUCAAAACCAAAACGAGAGGAAUUAAUUCCACGGAAGAUCGUUUCUUCAAAACACCGUUCAAUACCAGUGAGAACAUCACUGAAUCAGAGACCGAAAGCCCCCAUUGAGAGUCAGAAACCCAAACCUCCUGCCGUUAGUCCAAGUCUCACCUGCAGCUGCUACAUGACUGACCGCAUCUGCAACAUCUGCCUGUCAAGGAAACAGCAGGUGGCUCCGAGGGCUGGUACACCGGGCUUUAGGGCUCCUGAGGUUCUGACUAAGUGCCCUAACCAAGGAACAGCUAUUGACAUGUGGUCAGCCGGUGUCAUAUUGCUGUCACUGCUGAGUGGGAGGUAUCCGUUCUUCAAAGCCAGUGAUGAUCUGAUCGCUCUUACCCAGAUAAUGACCAUCCGUGGAUCUAGAGAGACGAUAGAGGCUGCUAAGACGUUCGGUAAAUCUGUAGUGUGCAGUCGUGAGCUUCCUCGGUUGGACCUGAAGAUCCUCUGUGAGACUCUUAGAGGUUUGCGAUCAUGGGAUGAUGGCUUACCUUCUGAGUUUCUAGCCUCACAUAACCCAGCAGAAGGAAAACAGGAUGCAGGGAGUCCUGUUAAGAAGCAUAAGAGCUCCCUCAAAAGCAGUGCACAGCUGCAGGAGAUGGGCUGGGAUAAAGUGCCUGAUGAUGUGUAUGACCUCCUGGAUAAACUCUUAGAUUUAAACCCAGCAUCAAGGAUAACUGCUUCUGUGGCACUGCAGCAUCCACUUUUCAAAGAUAUGACGGAUUAGUUUUUGUGCCAUCUUCUAAUUUUGUAUUAUUCUGUAAAGGUUUACAUUUGUGCAUCUAUUUUCUAACUACAUGCUGUAUAUCAAUGUUUUAUUUAUUAGUCUUACUUUUGGGGUUUCUUUAGAUUCAGUUUUGAGAAUAAAAAGUUCAAACUUAUUGUUUAAAGUUUGUCUUAGAGAUUAUUUCUUGAAUGUAAGGUUCUGACAUAUUUUUGGAUAAAAUUACCGGUAAAUGUAUGAACCCUUUUGAAAACAACCAGACAUUUUUGACAGCUACAGUGUUGCAAUUAUCUUUUUUAUUGUUGUCCUUACAGACUAGUUUGUAAAUCAAUGUAUGGUAGUAUAAGUUGUUCAGCAGUUGUACUAUAGUACAAGCUGAGGCAGAGAACUUCACAAACCCAAAAUCCAUGAAAGAGCUGCAACUUCUUUAAAUAAAAAAUAAAUAAAUGAGAAA